CACACUAACACGCACAAACCCCACAUACAGACCCCUCCAGAUAGAUACAAAGCGCUCUCUUUUCUCCCUCUAAACCAACUGCUGUCUCAAAGAAGCUCGAGGAAAGCGCAUGCAUGUCAAGCAAACGAGGUAUCUAUCGCACUUUACGGCAAUUCGCAGACGUUUAGUGGUCGGAAGCUGUGCGCAUUGAUGGAUCAGUUACAUUACACAGACGUCGUCGGGCAGAUUUGAAAAGCAUCGGCCGGGGUGUCCGAGAUGCACUGUGGUUAUCGCGAAGCGCCCAUCUGUAGUGAUACCGGCCGGGUUUUAUCAUGGUUUUUAGACGGUCAGCUCGGAGAAUGCGGUGGCUGGGGUGCUAUAGACUGAGGCCGAUAUGGAAAGCAGUUCUGGUAUUUGCUGUCAUUGCUUUUGCAGGACAGCUUUUGGGAGUUAUCUUUAAUAAAAGUUGGGUGCAGCCAGAGAGGCCUCGAUCCCUCUUUGCUUUUCCCUCUGAGAAUUCCCAAGGGUCCUCUCUAGGAUCGUGUCAACCUCACACUCACAUCAUGUUUUUGAAGACUCACAAGACAGCCAGCAGCACCGUUCUCAAUAUGCUCUACCGGUUUGGAGAGGAGCGGGGCCUAAAAUUUGCCCUGCCUGUUGGGUACCAAUUUGGUUACCCGCUUCCCUUUAUUGCCCAAAGGGUGAAAGGGUACAGAGGUCCUCACAUGGAAGACUUUGACAUCAUAGGAAAUCAUAUGCGGUUCAACAAGCCAGAGGUUGAAAAGGUCAUGCCAUCUGACACCUUCUAUUUUUCUAUCCUUCGAGAUCCUGUGGCUUUAGCCGAAUCCUCCUAUGCCUACUACAAAAAUGUUGCCCCUGCAUUCAGGCGUGCCAAAGGCCUUGGUGAUUUUGCCGAUAACCCCCAUAAAUACUAUGAUCCCAGACUGCGAAACAACCAUUAUGCUCGCAACUUGCUGUGGUUUGACUUCGGUCUGGAUCAUAAUGCCAACUUCAGCCUACCGCUGGUUAAGCGUGGUGUGGCAGCAGUGCGUCGAAACUUUAAGCUUAUCCUCCUGUCAGAGUAUUUUGACCAUUCUAUGGUUCUGCUCCGCCACGCUCUCUGCUGGCCCCUGGAUGCUGUGGUUUCUUUUAGCCUAAAUGCCAGACAGCAGGUGUCAAGUGUAAGGUCUGGCUGGGUGGGUAAGGCUGCACUUCCAGCCCCCUUGGCUUUAACAGAUGAGCAAAGAGUAAAACUACGAGAAUGGAAUUCUUUAGACUGGUACCUUUACCAAGCGUUCAACCUCACUUUCUGGGAGGAAAUAGAUCGCUUCGGACGUAGCCGAAUGGAGGCUGAGGUAGCCUUGCUUAGGAACAGACGGGAGGUUCUCGCUCGUGCUUGCUUACGUGACGGUGGCCGGCCUGUAGAAGCCAGUCGCAUCCGGGACAAGACCAUUCGUCCCUUCCAGAGUGGAUUAGUGAAGAUCCUAGGUUACGAGCUGCAGCCUGGACUAGACAACGCCACGUGGGAAGCUUGCCUACGUAUGAUCCGGCCUGAGAUUCAGUACAAAGACUUGUUAGAUCUACGGCAGUUCCCACGAGCCCAACAACCCCCAAGGCCAGACAUUGCUGCUGGAGGAAUUCAAGUAGUGAGGGAGUCCUUAAUACUAAGGACUGAAGACCAAGGGGGGAAGAGAUUGGUCGAGAAAGACUGGGAUGGGACAGUAAUGCUUCGAAAUCAAUCUUUAGAACAUGCUGAUUCAAGAGUAAGGUUUAGAUAGUGAGCUUGUAACACCGUUUUUGCCUCAAAGUCAGAAUGAUUUCUGACCCUUAUUUGGCUCCACUGGGCCUCUGUGCUGCACUACAAAAGGUGAACGGAUGUCCAAGACUUAAGCUUUAGGUGUGCUUCAUUUUUUCACCUGCCGUUACGUCUAGUGUAUGGUUGAGCUUGGUUGAAAGUUUCAAAAUAUGCUCCGCUGGACGCGAUUGAUGCAUGUGGACUAGGACUGCUUUGUUUUCCUCCAUCUGACCUGCAGAAGACCGCACGCUCUGCUGCUAACGAUAUUUGAACGAGACGUACCGGCAAAGGGAAAACCAAAGCAUGCUUUUGGCUUUACAACACACCGAUUUGCCACUGACUCUUCCUCGUCUUGUUCUUCUACAUUCUGUUUAAUACAGUGCAAAGUUUUACAGUAAAGACUAAAGCUACUGGAGGAAAAAAUGGUACACAGAUGCCUAACAGUGGCCAAAAGAUGUGGCUCCAUAUUUAUGUGAGGUUGAUGUUGUGGAUGAGUAAAAUGAGACAAUUGGAAAUGCAUUUCAUGAUCUUACUUGCACAAACACAGUGCAGUGAAAUUACUAAACCGAGUCUCAUAAAAAAGUGCUCAUUUACAAGAAAACAUAUCAGAUGCACUUAUGAGUUUUGCAACUGAGCAACCGAAUUUGAAGAGACACACAUUUACUCCAUGAAAAAUGCAAUAAAAGUCACAGACCCUGCACAAAUUUUUCUGUGCACGAGAGUGGUCAGAAUUUAAUUUUAUACCCAUUUAUAUGGGUAAAUGUUUAAGAGGGAUCCUAAUAGUGUUUGUUUCAAGAAAGACAUGGCUAACUUUUUUUUAUACACCACACAUUAAGUAAAAAAAAAAGAACUGAGAGAGAAGUCAUGAAAGCAGGCACGCUGUAGUCACAUAUCUGCUUUGUGACUCACUGUAAAAAACUAUCAUGACUCUUCACAUGAGUCUGGUAAAAUGACAUCUCCAGCUUCUAACACUGUGAAAUAAUAAACCAUUCAUGAAAGACAAAUGGGGUUGUACUGUAUCUCCCACUUGGGGCAAAUGCACUUCUUGUUACAGUAUAUUUACCUCCUUUUAUUUUUGAUGUUUUGAAUAUAAAAUCUAGACCAAAUUUUAAUGGAUGGUGAAUGUUCAUUGGUAAGGUAAAUGCUGUCAUAUCUGGACAGACAAAAUGGUUAUUUUGCCUUACAAUUAAUACUUUAGUGAAGCAGUGCUUUAAGAUAAAAGCUUGUUGUAUUUAUUAUGCUUUUGUAUACAUUUCUCUAAGUAUGUACUGCAUUUAUACUCCCCAACUAAGCUGUGUUUUCCUAUUAUGAUGAGUGCUAAUGAAAAGUAGUAUAAAAAUUUGACUGGAACGCACUGUGCAAACUGACCAAGUUUGAACAGCCAGCUUUUGUAUGCAGAUACAGUGCAAGAAGAUGACAUCUUACUUUAUGCAUUCAUUUAUUUAUUUUACUGUACUAAUUUAAAUGUUAUUGAGAUGAAGAAGACAUCAUUUGCAUAUGCUCAUUUUAAUGCACUUAUUCAUGCAUGUCAUUUUAUGUGUAGCUACAAUAUGCAUGUUGAUAAAUAGGAAUCAUUAACUUGUAUAUAUGACAUACAGCUCCACAUUUGGACAUGCAUUGUACCCCAUUCACUUUUGUUUGUACUAUUACCAGUAACGAGGAAGUUCUCCAUUUUUGUCAUUAGCUUACGCUACUCAUGCUGUUUUUGUGAUGGGAAUAACUGUUAGAGCUGUUUUUUUUACUAUUUCAAACCCAAAUUUUCUUCAAAAUAAAUGUAAAAUACCUAUUGGAUCAAACACUGGGGCUCUCAAACAGAACACAAAAAGCAAAGAGUAAUAAUAGUUAAGAAAUGUCAAAAUAAAACAUGCUUAUUUUUUUCUAAGUGUUAAUUUUGGGAGAUUGAUUAGGUAAGACAUGUUGGCUAAUUUUCAGUUUUAUUUACAUUAAAAUAUUAAUGCUAUUGAUAAACAUUGAUAAAAUGUUAAGGUAUGCAUUGAUUUCUGUUUCAGCUUGGGGUAUAUGACUGCUUUUAUUUUGGAGAGCACUCUAUAUUCAGAAUGACUGUGCUGUAUAUUACUUGCAUGUCAUAUAAGUUUAGUGUUUUCAUGACUCUUUAGUUGGAGUACCUUUAGUAUAGCAGUUUAAACACUGGAGUACCACCAAACCAAAGAGUUACUGAUGUAUUUGUGCUUGAAAUGUUUUUUUUUUCAUUAUACAAAUAUUGGCUAUAGUAAAUUAAUUCAGAUGUCACAAUAAGAGCCAAUAAAGUCUGAAGCUUUGCAUAUUUGACACAACUGAUAAAUGAUCACAGACUGGAUAUAUAUAUGGGCAGGCAAACAAACUCAGAUAAAUAAUCUCGAAUAAAGAACCUCUAACAUAAACUUUUAGAAUAUUGAUGUAUAUGGUUAUAAAAAGCAAUUCAGAACACAAUGUUUUUCUCCUUUCCUUUUUCUCGUUGGCUCAGAUUUUUCAAACCUUUGUUAUCUGCUUAACCAUAUUUAUUGCAUUUUCUCUCUUACUUGAAUAUAUGGGGGAAACCUGUGUAAAUAUUUGGGAGUGAUGAACCUUAUUUGGUUACUUGUAUGUAGUAAAAUAAAACUUUUUCAGUGAU